CUCCCUGCCCUUCCCCUCGGUGGGUCUCUGGGGGUCUGAGGGUGGGAAGGGCUUGCUUCCAUUCUGGAGGGCGGAGAGAGAGAGAGAGAGAGAGAGGAAGGAGGCUGCCCAAGACAGCUGCAGCGCGGCUCUCUGCUCCAUCGAGCCUCCGCCGGAUCUGAACUCAGGACCUCAGGCUGGAGAAAGAAAAAGAACCCUUCCUUCACUGAUCUCUUCUCCAAGGUCGGUCGAGGCUGGGGAAAAAAGAAGAAGAGCUGCUUCUUUUUUUGCUGGGGAGGAAGGGGAUGCUGGAGGGAGGAGGAGGGAGCAGUCCGGGGAUCGUCCGGGAAAGAUGGAGGCCCCCUCCUCAAUCCCCUUGAGGAGGAUGAGGAUGAGGCUGCUGCUGCUGGGCUUCUCCCUGGCUGUGGCUCUGCUGCCUCCUCCCUCGGAGCCCUUCUGCCCAGAGCCCUGCGAUUGCCAGCAGCAGCAGCACCUCCUUUGCACCAACCGGGGCCUGAAGGCGGUGCCCAAAGCCCUGCAGGAGCCCCAGGAGAUCCUCACCUUCAGCCUCGGGGGCAACUUCCUGGCCAACAUCUCUGCUUACGACUUCCACCGCUUGGGGGCGCUCCAGAGGCUGGACCUACAGUACAACCGCAUCCGCAGCCUGCACCCCAAGGCCUUCGAGCGUUUGGGCCGCCUGGAGGAGCUCUACCUGGGCAACAACCUCCUGGCCGCCUGGGCCCCCGGCACCCUCCGCCCCUUGGCCAAGCUGCGCAUCCUCUACGUCAACGCCAACGAGAUCGCCUCCCUCAGCGCAGCCUCCUUCGCCGGCCUGGGCAGCCUGGUCAAGCUGCGGCUGGACGGCAAUGCCUUGGGGGCCCUUGGUGACGCCACCUUCGCUGGUCUGGCCAACCUGCUCUACUUGCACCUGGAGGCCAACCGCAUCCGCUGGCUGAGCCGCAACGCCUUUGCCGGCCUGGGAAAGCUGCGCUUCCUCGACCUCUCUGGGAACCAGCAGAGCUUGCUGCGCCACCCGGACACCUUUCGGCCCCUGGGUUCGCUCGGCACCCUCCUGCUCUCCGGCAACGACAUCCAGCAGUUGAGCAAAGGGAUGUUCCAGCACCUAGCCAACUUGGCCAAGCUGUCGCUAAGCGGCAACCGCUUGGAAUGGUUGGCCCCCGAGGCCUUUGCUGGGUUGGGGGCCCUCAAGGAGUUACACUUGGAAGGCAACCUGUUGAGCCAACUACCCACCCGCCUGCUGCAGCCACUCCGUAACCUCGAAGUGCUGGACUUGAGCCACAACCGGCUGCUUGGCUUUCACCCUGAUACCUUUGGAAACUUGCACCAACUGAGAGAGCUCAGUUUGCAGGAAAAUGCACUGGCCACAAUCUCCGGAGACCUCUUUGCCUCCAGCCAAGCUCUUUACCGCUUGGAACUCGAUGGCAAUCCCUGGAGUUGCGACUGCCGCCUGCGCGGCUUGAAGCGCUGGUUGGGCUCCUGGCAUGCCCAGGGGAGGCUCCUGACGGUCUUUGUGCAGUGCCGCCAACCCCUUGCCCUGGUGGGGAAGUACCUGGAUUACCUUGAGGACGCGCAGCUUCUCCCUCCUGCCAAUGGUUCUUCAUGUUCUGAGGAGUCAGCCUCUCCUUCCCCAUCCCAUCCAGGCAACAGCAGCUUCAGCCCCCAGGGCCUAGGUCAGGAGAAACCCAGCUCCCUGCCUUCUCUUUCACCCAUGUUGGGCUCCCAGAAGAUGGUAGCUCCCGUGCUGGAAAGUGACAGCCAGGGCAUUGAUGCCAGUCUUACGACUGCAAGGCCCAGCUUGCUUCUCAGUACUAGGCCGCUUUUGCCUGGUGCAGCUUGGCCUCAGAGGGCAGGGAAACACCACUUGGUCUCUUCGGUGUCCGGCACUCCACCAUUGGUCACUGACCCAUGUGAUUUUAACAAGUUGUUUCUGUACAACCUUUCGGUGGAGGCUUUGAACACCAACUCCGUGACUGUGCGCUGGGGGGUGCGUCCCCAUCGCAGCCCUCGAUUGUUAGGGCCUGUACGCUUCAGGAUCCUCUUUGACCGCUUUGGGGCAGCAGUCAAAUUCCAGCGUUUUGUGUACAUCCCUGAGUGGAGUGAGCCAGUAGCCACCUUGCAGGAGCUGCUCCCCAAUACCCCUUAUCUGGUGUGUGUGGAGGGAGUGAUGGGGGGCCGUGUUUGUCCGGUGGCCCCACGGGACCAUUGUGCAGGGCUGGUCACCUUGCCUGAAGAGGAUGCGGGGGCAGCAGCUGCUGUGGCAGGUGGGCCCCAAAGCUUGGACCAGCAGCUCCUCACCCUCGUACUUCUGGCAGUCAAUGCACUGUUGCUCUUUUUGGCCCUGGCGGCCUGGGCCUCCCGCCUGGUGCGGAAGAAGGUGCUGGGAUGCCGGCGGCGAAAGACAGCCUCGCCGGUACAUGUGCGGCAGAUGUAUUCCACCCGUCGCCCCCUCCGUUCCAUGGGGACUGGUGUCUCUGCUGACUUUUCUGGUUUCCAGUCCCAUCGUCCACCCCGCAGUGCUGUCUGUGCGCUGAGCGAGGCUGACCUCAUUGAGUUCCCCUGUGAACGCUUCAUGGACAGUGGGGCAGGAGGGAACAGCAGUGCCCGACGGGGAGAGGAUCAUCUCUUGCAACGCUUUGCAGACUAAAGACAUAGCCUAGAUUAUGCUGGGAUCAAAUAGCUACUGGUGUUCUGAUUUGGUAUUGUUUGAUGGGAAUUGUAACCUCUGUGGGCUGUAUGUAGGCCUACCACCACACAAAAGGAUGGCUUAUGAAACCGCAGGUGGCUUUUUCUAGAAGGGAAUUAGCCUUUUGAACUCAUAACCCAUACAAAAAUAAGGCUUUCCUGAGAUGAUGGAAGGGCGUACUUACUAAAGGACUGCCAUCUUCGCAUUUAGAGAUCAGACUUUGUAAUGGGGGGAUUCCACCACUAUUUUCUAUAUACCACUAUUCUUUACUUUAGCUGAGUGGGCUCUGGUUCCUGUCCAUGAGUAGUUGCUCCUGGAAAGGAACCAAUAUGUGUGAAAUCUUUUGUGAGUUGAGUUUCACAACAAUCCAAACAUCAGUUACCAAACUGAGUCAGCCUUUUUUAAAAAAGUAAUCUGUUAAUAGCCCCUAACCUGUGGAUAUAUUUAUCCAAUCAUAUUUGUUCUUAGUAAAGAAAUGGACUGAGAUAAUAAGAGUAAAGUGACAGCAACAAAGAUAGGUAUAGUGGGCCCUUGAGAUGGUUUAGUUCCAGCACCCCCUGUGGAUACCAAAAUCCAUGGAUGCUCAAGUCCUACUAUAUACAAUUGGGUAGUAAAAAGUUGUCCCUUAUAUAAAAUGGCAAAAUCAAGGUUUGCUUUAUGAAUUUUUGGGGGCAGGGAAAUAUUUUCAAGCUGUGGAUGGAUGAAUCUAUGGAUGCAGAAUCCAUGGAUAUGGAGGGCUGACUGUAGACCUGUAUGAAUGUUCACAGCUGGACUGGUUUCUGUGCCUUUCAGGUGUAUAUCUACUACACUACACAGGUAUUGCAUUUUGGUACUACUUUAAAUGCCAUCACUGUCUGAUGGAAUUCUGGGAUUUGUAUCUUGGUGAAAGAAUUCUCUGCUAAAUGCUGUAGUUAAAGAGCUAGAGUUUUCUAACAGAGAAUUAUAAGUCCACCAAACUACAAAUCUCAGGCACCCAUAGGAUGGGGUCAUGCCAGCUAAAGCAGCAUCAGAUUGCUAGUACUGUGCAAUGUAGAUACACUUAGGUCGCCUUAAAUUCUAGUUGCUGUGUGCCUUCAAAUUGUUUCUGACUUAUGGUGACCCUAAGGCGCACCUUGUAGGGUUCUUUUGGCAAGUUUUUUCAGAGGGAGUUUGCCAUUGCCAUCCUCUAAGGCUGGGAGAGUGUGACUUGCACAAGGUUACCCAGUGGGUGUCUAUGGCCAAACUGGGAAAAUGCCAUUAUAGGAUCAAAUCCAACGUCACCUCAUCCACAGGACUGCAAUCUGGUAUAGCUGUUACUUCCCUUGUGUGAACAAUUUUAGUACAUAUACUUCCUAAAGAAGCAGUAACAUAAAUCUGUAACUAGUAUGCCACUAUCUGAACAAAUGAAUCACAUUCCACUGCUGCCACCACCAGGGAUAGGUUGGCACUGCUAAGCAUAAGUUGCAUGCAUUUGGAACAAUGGACAGAGCAGGAAUUAUUGCUGAGCUUCUUCAUGAAAUGGCACUUCAUGGAAUGAGCCGUGAAGGACAACAGUGUCUAAACUGUGGAUGUAGAAUUGAAACCUUAAUGUUUGGCUUAACACACAGUUAAAAUGAAUGAUAUUUCAGACGAUGACUUCAAUAAUCAUUGCAACAGCCUUUAUUUAAGAUGAGCCAGGUUUGCCACUGUUUUGACAAAUAAUGUGAACACAAGUUGCUACUGUGGCAGAGAGAAUAUUCUUGAAUUUUUAACAUUAAACACUGACUAUUAAAACCCAUUAGCUCUAGGGUCUUUGACCAAAAUAUUAUCUCCCUCAAGAAGUGCCUUGAAAUUGGAUGUUUAACAUGUACAUAAUUUGAUGAUGUUAGAAUGGUGCUUUUUUAUACUGACCAGGCCCUUUUUUUUAUAUUAAAUGAAUGUUUGGUGUUUUAAUGUGUGUGAUGUGUAUGAAUGCAAAUAAUGGUCACAAUUCAUGUUGGUUUUGCAAGCAAGACUAAAUUUCUGAUACCACUAGGGGAAAAACAACACUAAUCUAAUUUUGUUACUUUUUUUUUUUAGAUUUACUUAUUUUUACAGUGGUCUUGAAUAAACAUUUUUGGUACUUCUGUAGCUUA